AUGAACGAUUUAAGUAUCAACAGAUCCCUCAAUAACUCAUUUACCCUGCUUAUGAAUCAAUAAUAAGAAAUCCCAGGCAUAAUAAGACCCUAAUUUGUUAAUAACUUUGAUCAUGCUUUAAGAGACCCAAGAAAUGAAGAGGUUUCUGAUAAGGAUUUGCUUUCUAAUCUAAAUAAAUACGAAAAACUUAGAAUUUCUUUCGAAAAGAGCAAAGUAGUUCAUUAAAAGCUUAGAGCAAUCAAAAGACUCUCUAUGCAUUAUUCUAUUGAGAAGGAUAAACUAUCAUAGCUUCCUCUAUACAAAUAAAUGCUUUGCAUCUCAAAUUUAUUAAUGCUGAAUGAAGUCGAGAUAGCAUAUUGGUAAAUACUUAAUCAAUAAAUUGUGAUAACUGAGGUAAAGAAGAAGCUAUUUCUGCAAAGAAUGAUGAUGACUGCCCUGUUGUCUAAAAAAAUAGCGAAUGAUGAAUAAACUAUCUAAAUAUUCUACUCUUUCCUCCGACACAACUAUCCUAAGUUUAUGGAGAGCUUUAAAUACUGGGAAUUGAGAUAAGGAAACUUUGAGAAUAUGCUUACAGUGGAGAAGAUUAGUGCUCACUUUAACGCGCUCUUUGGAAACCCAAUUAAGGGCUCAACAUUCUUCAAAUCAGACAUUGAGACAGAUUUUAACUACAUUAAGAUGAGCAUGAGAGAAGGGCAAGGCGCUUUUUCAAGGUCCAGAAGCCGCUCUCCCUCUGAAUCAAAUAUUAGAUAUGUGACUUAGCCUAUAAAAAGAGGCAGACCAUCUAAGAAGGAUAUUGAAAUAAAAGAAUAAUAGCAGUAAAGAGGUCAGAUUUAUAUGAAUCACAACAGCAAAUAAUACAACCAAGAGAAUUCGAAAAAGCAGGAAAUUAUCAGAUAAGAUCAGAAUAAUGCCAUUAAAAAAGAGAUAAUUUAAUUCUCUGAAUAAUAGAAGUUUUAAUAACCAUUGCAAUAGUAGCAGUAGUAAUUUGCUCAAAUUGCAAAUAAAUCUACUGGCAACCCCUCUACUAUUUAAAAUUUCAAUUCAAGAUAUCAAAUGAAUGGUAAGGAUGGAAGUCCAAUACUUAGAUCAACCAGCAAUCAGCUAAAGAACAUUGAAAUAAAUUUACCUAAUUUCAACAGCUCUAUGUACAAUGCUGAAUCAUUUGGAAACUUGCCACCUAAGUCUUCCCUUAAUGAUUUACUAGUUAAAAAAACAAUAGAAUAGAAUAGCAGUAGAGAGGUAGUGAGUGUUCAAUAAAAGAACAAUGACAUUUAGAAAGAUAGCAGCGCUUUCAAUCACAGUAUAGCUGAAAUAUUUGGAAAAUUUAAACCAGAAAAGUACGACGAAGAUGAUUUGACUAAAAAUUUGAUCGAGCAAAAAUAAGAUCAACAGCAAAGCACUUUUUCAAACUCUGUUGCUAGUUUCAUCCAACCAAAUAAAAUUUAAAGCUCACUCCCAUAAGCCUAGAAAUAAAUAUCUUUCCAAAGAGUAACCAGUAUCUCAAACCUCCAGCCAGAUAAUCCAUUCAUGUAAAAUUAGAAUGCAUUUGAGCUCCCCGAUCUUAUCAAUGAACAAAAUAAAGAUAAAAACAAUUUCCCUUCAUUCUACGCAUAAAAAAGUGCUAGCUUUGAUACAAUCCCGACAGAUACCUCUAACAGCUAUCAGAGCGCUAAAAAUGGCUUUGCUAUUAAUAGAAAUAUGAAAGCAGACUUAGAGAACAUAGAAAAGAAAAAGAAUAAAGAGAUUCAGCUUAUAUAAAAUUAAUGA